CGGAGAAACGCGAUAGUUUUGAGCUGCCCGCAAACUUAUAAGCAGAGCAGCAGCAGCAGCACCAACGGCAGCAAUGGCCGCUUUCCGCAAAGUGGCAGUGGCGGCGGCGGCAGCGGCGGCCAGGCUGAACCUCUGGUCGGCGGCGAGGAGCGAGCUGGUGAGCGGGCACACGGCUAACGGAAGCCGGACUCGUAGGUGUCUGGCGGUCGGGAUGUGCGUUACGACCGGAGGCGCGGUGGCUCUGUACUUCUACAAUGAUAUGUGGAGCGACAGAGGGAGGAAGAGGAUGAGGAGGCACAGCAUCAACGGUCUGCUGCCGUCCGUCCCAACGGUUGAAGCCAAGGAGAAGGCACGUCCAUUUGAUUUUGAGGAUGGAGACGUGUACAUGUCUUCCCAUGAGCAUCGCUUCCGCAUGUUCAGCUCUGUGGAGUAUGAAGGACAGCUGUACAUGACCCCGCAGAAUUUCAUCGAGUCUGUUACCAUGAGUGAACCAAGAAACAAGAGGCCCUGGAGGUCCCUGACCAAACAGGAGCUAGAGAAAAUCCUGACUGACACUCCCCCAGUAUGGAGGGGAUCCUCCAAACUGUUCCGCAACCUGAGAGAACGAGGCAUCAUCUCAUACACAGAGUACUUGUUCCUGCUCUGCAUCCUGACAAAGCCUCACGCUGGCUUUAAGAUUGCUUUCAAUAUGUUUGAUGCAGACGGCAACCAGAUGGUGGACAAGAGGGAGUUCUUGGUGCUGCAGGAGAUCUUCCGGAAGAAAAAUGAGAAGAAAGGAAGGAAAGGAGACGCUGAGAAGUCAGCGCAGUUGAGUAUGCAGCUGUAUGGAUAUCAGGUUGCCCCCAUGAACAGCCGAGCAGAUGAGAGCAUCACAAUUGACACCACGCUAUUGGUCCAUUUCUUUGGGAAGAAAGGGAAGGCAGAGCUUACCUUUGAUGACUUCUACAGAUUUAUGGAUAAUCUGCAGACAGAGGUGUUGGAAAUUGAGUUUUUGACCUACUCAAAAGGGAUGACCACUAUCAGUGAGGAGGACUUUGCCAAAAUCCUGCUGCGCUUCACCAACGUGGAGAACAUCAGUGCUUACCUGGAGAACGUCCGCCAGUGUAUACCUGAUGAAAAGGGAAUCACCUUUGAUGAAUUCAGAUCCUUCUUCCAGUUUCUCAACAACCUUGAAGACUUUGCCAUUGCCAUGCAGAUGUACAACUUUGCUUCACGUUCUAUUGGACAAGAUGAAUUUGCAAGAGCAGUGUACGUGGCCACGGGGCUCAAGCUGACGCGUCAUCUUGUUAACACAAUCUUCAAGAUAUUUGACGUUGAUCACGAUGACCAGCUGUCGUACAAGGAGUUCAUCGGCAUCAUGAAGGACCGGCUGCACAGGGGAGCCAGGGUGAAGGGCCAACACUACUCCUCCUUCUCCAGCUGUGUUCGCUCUGAGGCCAGGAAACAAGUGCACCAGCUGUGGAGGAAGUACCAGGAGAAGCUGUAGAGGAUGGAAAUAAGUCCUACCGAGCUCUGACUUUAAUCAGUCAGCAGAAUGAAGUAGCAGCAUUUGUUUUCAGCGACAGAUCCUGUGUUUACUUCAAAUCAGAUAACUAAAAGCAUGAUUGCACACAGCUGACUGAUAAUAAGCAACGUCAUUCCGUUUUUCCAUUUUGUUUUGAUGUCAGUGAUCCAGAGUGUGAUUUAUGACUGAAAGAGCACAAGAAAUAUUAAUUAAAUUCUAUGUCAUCAUUUUAAAAUGACCCAUGUAAAAUGAAUACUAGUAAUUUCAAAACUGCAUGGAACUAAAAUUGCAGAAUUAAUUGAAGAUAUUGUAAAUAUGUAUUGUCCUCACCCUAUGUUAACUAUAUCAGCCUGAUUUCUGUUACAAUUUUUUGAUACUAUCUAGCCACCUGCUUGUUAUUGCACUGAGAGAGUAUAUUAACACUAAUGCUAAAGAUAUAAAUGCAAUAUUAUCCUAAUAUUACAACAGCACUUGAGAUGUCUUUGGCCUAGAUGUGACAACAUAGAAGUGAAAUGACAAGGGACGAGGUUUUUUAUUUUAAGGUAAAUAUUUUGUCUGGCUGAAUCCUUAAUGUCUUUGUGUUUAAGAAAUUUAGGUGCAUGUACGACAUAGAUAGCUACAUGGGUGCCUUCUAUCCAUUCUCCUUCUCAUCUGAAAACCCAUCAUAGAAACCCAGACUUUUGGAACAAUUGAUUAACACUGUGUAGCUAUUAAUAGCCACAGAAUGGGCAAAAGUGGGCAGUUAUUACUAUUUUCAUAUUUUAUCUGAUUGAUAUUACCCAGAAGGCUUGCUGAAUAUAUGGUAAACUGAGGUAAGAUGCCUCCCUGAAGAGGAAUGUCUAUUUGCUUUAUAAAUAUUGAAUAUCAAUAUGUACAUGAGAAGUAUGCUGAAGGCAACAAAUUUGGAGGGUAAUUAAAUCAUAAUGAACUCCAACUUAGUUGUUAUAAAACUGAAUGUGAAAUGUUGGAAAAGAAUUAAUCUUACCUUAAGUCAUUUUAAGUUUUUUUAUUUAUUUAUAUGAUAACUUUAUUAUCAGUGAUAUUUUAAUUCCUGAUUUGAUGAAGGAAAAGCAGUUCUUUUGAGGAAUGUCCUCACAUAAAAAUAUAAUCACUCUUGUUGUUUUUCAGUUUUACUCUUUUGUCAACGUUAAAACAUGUAGGUAAAGACACCAACAUAAUGAUUUUAAUGCUACAUUUAAAAGAUCUGCAAGCCGCUAUCAUUGAAGAAAACUCUUGAAAUUAAAGCUGACUAUAUUUAGUAGUAAAAUCGAACUGUUGGAGGUUUUUUUUACCCCAGUUUACCCACAUUUUUAGAUGCCAUGGUGUGAAAUAUGGAAAAUAAUUUGAAUAAAUAGCAAUGGAAAAGUCUAGAUAUGUCAAUUUAUUUCUCAUAAUGUGAAUUAUUCUCAAAUUUGCAAUAAUCAUGUGUUUGCCACAUCAGUGGACCUGGUGAAUGAAUUUGCAUGCAUGAAUAAACUAUUUUAAGAAGAAA